AUGUCUGUCAAGAAGGUCGCCGUUGUCGGAGGAUCCGGGAACCUCGGUCCCAGCAUUGUUGACGCCCUGCUGGCUGGUGGAUUUGAAGUGACUGCGCUUUCUAGAAAGGAGUCUUCCUCCACAUUUCCUCCCGAAGUUACUGUCAAGAAGGUCGACUUCAACUUGGUCGAGGAGGUUACCCAGGCUCUCAAGGGCCAAGACGCUGUUGUCUCCGUGGUUGGCACGGCCGGGUAUGCUAGCCAGAAGACUCUCGCCGACGCUGCGGUUGCAGCCAAAGUCCAGCGUUUCAUUCCCUCUGAGUUUGGGAUCAACACCCGCGUGGUUCGCGGCACAAAGAUUGGCAGCAUUUUGUCUCCCAAGAUUCAGUUGGUCGAUUAUCUGAGCGAGCUUGCCGAGAAGAACAGCUCAUUCACAUGGACUGGAAUCUCUGUAGGGCCGUUUUUUGACUUUGUCAAUGGAGGGCGUCUUGCUGGCUUUGACGUCAAGAACAAGACUGUCAACAUUUUCGACUCUGGAAAUGAGCCCUUCUCUCCUUCUACCCUUGGGUUUAUUGGAAAGUCAGUUGCGGGCGUGCUGAAGAACCUCGAGGCUACCGCCAACAAGUACAUCAAAGUCGGCUCGUUCACAACAACACAGCGUGAGCUGCUCAAGAUUAUUGAGGAGAAGACUGGCUCUACCUUUACCGUAAACAACGUCAAGACCUCCGACUUGGAGAAGACGGCCGACGAAAAGCUAGCCAAGGGCGACUAUAGUGCUUUCGUCCAGUUGCUUCAACAACACAUUUUCGCCGACGGCAGCGGCAACGCCGCAAAGGAUAAUGCAGCCGUGAACCUUUUGGGCUUGCAGGAGGAAGAUAUCAGUGCUGCAACCGACAAGGCUCUAACCGUCUGGACCUGA